UGCCACUCUCCCGUUCUUUAGCUGAAGAGACAUGCGCUUGUCCCGCUGCCCCGUUCGCAUUGGCUGAACGGAGACCUCUGGUAUUUUUUUUUUUUUGGCUUAUAUUUUUAGCAGCGGAGGUCGGACUCGUGUUGCAUCUCGCGUGGUAGAAAGUGCUGUUCAUCUGCAGUCCUGCUGAGCGCUGGAGAACCGCAGUGUGUCGCGCUGUGAGCAAAUACCGUGAACACUCGAGCUCAGCGUACUGACCUCUAUUACAGCGAAUGGUCCUCAUUAACGUGUUCAUCGGAAGAAAGUUGAAGUCAACACAAGGGUCUCUGUGUCUGGGUAUCUGAUCUAGGAUUUCAGUGGCCCUCUUGCUGAGAAUCCUUUCUGAAAAUGGCUAGUCCUGGAGACGAUUCGGCUUCAAAUGCUCAGUUGAAUCAGCCCGAAUCUGUAGAAACAACCCCUGAAACAGCGUUCAAAGAAGCCCAGAAAUGGAUCGAGGAAGUAACAGGAAGAAGUUUCGGUGAUAAGGAUUUCAGAAAUGGACUGGAGAACGGCAUUCUGCUCUGCGAGUUGCUGAGUUCAAUCAAACCAGGCCUUGUGAAAAAGAUCAACAGACUUCCAACACCCAUUGCGGGACUAGAUAAUCUGACCAUGUUUCUGAGAGGAUGUGAAGAGCUGGGACUGAAGGGAUCACAGCUGUUUGAUCCUGGAGACCUGCAAGAUACAUCAAUACGAGCAAAUUUAACGGGUUCUGACUGCAUAAGAAAGUUGAAGAAUGUACUCAUAACUAUAUACUGGCUUGGUAAAGCUGCUAACAGUUGUGCAACGUAUAACGGCCCCACACUCAACCUGAAAGAGUUUGAGGGACUACUUUCCAUGAUGCGAAAGGAGUGUGUAAGUGAAGAGUUGGACUCACCUAAGCGCAGUAUAAGGGACAGUGGAUACAUAGACAGCUGGGAAUCUGAGCGCUCUGAUUCGCUGUCUCCACCGAGGCACGGCCGUGAUGAUUCGUUGGACAGUCUCGACUCAUUUGGCUCACGAUCACAGAACACACCCUCCCCAGUCACUAUUCUUCGAUGCAAUAGCGAUGACUCUGAAGGGGAUCACAGAAAGUUGCCAGACAUGCGUAAGGAUGACAUGUCUGCUCGACGCGUGUCCUACAAAGAGCCUCGCGCUGCUCUUCCCUUCAACCAGUAUCUGCCCAACAAGAGCAACCAGACCAACUACCUUCCUGCCCCCCUGAGGAAGAGGAGGAGUGAAAGAGAGGAAGACAGUAGGAGUGUGAGCAUCUCAACAUCUCCUGUAGGUGAAAGACCUCUCAGAGAGGAGGGUCUAGAAGUUUUAAAAGAGGGGGCUGUCAUGUCUCGAAGCCCUGCGCUUCAGAAAACGUUCACUUGGGCAGGUGAGAAAGGGGUGGAGCUUGAUGAGGCGGAGCUCAAAAAAAUGAGGAAGCUGGAAAAGGCGGGGAUUAAAGUAUUACCUACCUCUGUGCAAUACAAUAGUCCAAACGUCAUUGCUGAGGAGCUCAAUAAAGCUAAACCACCUUCCCCUGACAUCAUUCUUCGGCGUGAUAAUGACUUUCUGUGUGCCGCCGCCCCGCACGAGUGGGACUCGAAUGAGGAAGAUGAUGAUGAAGAGGGUGAGAGGAAGGUUCCAGAUGUCCAAAAGGAUGAUCUUGCUUCUCGCAGAGCACGCAUGAAUCAGUUCAAACCCAGUGUGACACAUCACUUUCUGCCGGGGUCUUGUAGCUGGAAGGACCGAGAGAAAUGGGAGGGAAUCAGGCUGGCAUCCCAGCAAGCCAUAUUGGAGAGGAUGGAGAAUUCGGAACAGGAGAAAAGGAGUGACUUCACCUCCUCUGAGGUAUCAGUUAUAACUCGAAAGGACAAUGCUUUCCUAAACCCUGACAAAGAAAGGGAAAAAGAGUGGGAUGAGGAAGAUGAGAGAGAGGUAGAAGGGAGGAUAGUUAUCCCAAACCCACACAAAGAUGAUCUAGCGAGGAGGCGGGCUGGGCGAGGGACACGCCCUCCCAAAGAUCCUCAUCAAUCAUUGGUCCAGAGUUCCAUCACUCAGUCUGACCUGAAGACAUGGGAGAGACUCAAGAUGAAUACAGAGAGCAGUGAAGAUGGCUCCACACUUGCUGAAGUGUCAAUCAUAACUCGCAAGGACAACCCAUUCCUGAGCCCUGAGAAAGACAAUGGGAGUGAGGAAGAGAAGGAGGACGGGCCAGUCAGAGAGGGAGGGGGUAGGGUGGUGAUGCCUAAUGUAAAGAAAGAUGACCUGGCCAGAAGGCGAGUCCAAAGUGGGCCCACCCCACAGAGAGAUCCUCUGCAGUCAUUGGCUCAAACUACCAUCACUCAAUCAGACCUGGAGAAGUGGCAAAGACUCAAGAUGAAUACAGAGAGCAGCGAUGAGCCCAUUGUCCCUCUGUGUCAGACGUGUCUUGAGAAAGGCUGCCUCUCAAUCGCAUCCAAGGCAAAGGUUGCCAAGAAUGACCUAGCCGGUUGCCGGGAACGUUCCUCUGGCAAACGGCAGCGUUUUGUGACAUUUGGGGGUGUGACAGAGAUGGAGAAUACAUCCUGGCAAGAGGAGGAUGAGGAAAGGGGAGAGGGGGACGAGGCAGUGAAGCUUCAAUACCUCCUCUCGAUGGCACCUGUUGCCAUGCCCACCAUAGGGCUGGGCUCCAGACUGACAAAGAGAGCAGUUGGCAGAGAUGCAAACCCAGAACCUGCUGUAUUCAUGCCCCCCGAACCCCCAACCCCUGACAUAUUUGACCUUAAACAGCCUUCGACCUCUGCUGAGGAGGAGCUGGAUGAGAAAGCAAGGGAUGAGAGAGAAGGUGUGGAAGAAGAGGAAAAGCAACCGGAUGUAGAAAAAGAUGACAUGCUGGCUCGUAGAACAGGAGUAUUUCAGAAGCCAGCAAAAGGGACGUCAUAUAACCGAUUCCUCCCGCAGCCAAGAUCCAAGAGAGAGGGCGGUACAGGGGCUUCAUUAGCCCUGAAAGGAAGUAUUCAAAUGGGCACAAUUGGAGAGAGAGACCUCCAAUACCUGGAAAGAAAUAUAAAGACAAAGAGAACCAAGAUUGGACAGAGAAAUGAAACAGAUGACCAACUACCACCAGUUCCGCUCUCCAUAGUUACCCAAAAGAGUCCUGACAUCGUACGCUCAACUGCUACCAAUGUUGGUGGCUCUUGCAGUUAUAACAAUGAUGAUUAUGAUGAGUGUGGGGAUGAAGGCCCACCAACAGACUUUGACAAGGAUGACAUGCUCACUCGAAGGACUGGAGCUCAACAAAAGCCAAGUGGUGGGGCAGGACAGACUUUUAAUGCAUUUUUGCCUAAACCUGGUUCAGUCAAACACAAAAGCACCACUGGAAGUGGAUUGCAGCAGUCAUACAUCAAGCCUAAUGAUCAAGAGAAAACCCCGGCUUUGGACAGCUUCACCCUUAGCUCUGUGGCCCCACCCCCAAGAGAUGCUGAGGACACGCCUAGGAAUGGCCCUCAGAUGAUGGACAGUCAGGAGGUGGGCUCUGUGAAUGUGGUGGGACAGGAAAGUCUCAUUAAAAAUGAGACUAAUCCCAAAAGUCCCUCCCCCAUACCUGACCAAGCCUCACGUCGACCCCUAUGGCAGGAAGAUGAUGAUCUCCCCCCAAUAUUCAGAGCUACUAGUGUUUCUGAUGAAACAGAGAGUGUGAGUUUGAUUGACAUGCGUGAUGAAGAGGACGAGAUGGCCUACCUUCGACCACACAGCCAAUCACGCAAUGAGCGCCUACACAGUCAGUACAACAAACUCAAAGAGGAGGAGGACCAGUGGCAAGAUGAUUUGGCUCGCUGGAAGAAUCGGAGGCGAAGUGCCUCUCAGGAUCUAAUCAAAAAAGAGGAAGAGAGGAAGAUGAUGGAGAAGCUGAUGACAACAGAUGGAGGAUCCAGCCAUCGCAAGAAGAGCAUCAAAACAUACAAAGAGAUCGUAGAGGAGAAAGAGCGUAGAGAACAGGAGCUACAUGAGCAGUACUGCAAGGCCUCCACUUCAGAGGAGAAAGCCGCCGUGCUUCAGCGCUACGCUCUCCGUUUCACCAUCAGUGACGCCAUACUGGAGAAGCUCCAGCUCCCCAAACUGCCUUCUGCUGCCACGCCAAUCCACACUUCUGUCUGCCAGCCUGUGAAGCAGCCCACAUGCCCUGCCCCAGUAGAACCUGAGGUUCCAGAGCCUACACAUACCAACCAAACACACCACAGUGUCCUUGCAGAUCAGCAGAUGGUACAAAAUCAGACACUGGGACAGCCUAAAAGCCCUGAACCAUUACCAACAAAGACCACCAAAAUUCUGGAAAUCUCAUCAGCACCCACACGUGCUCCCCCUGCUUGUUCAAAGCCUUUUCCCCUAAUCACCCCAAAACCCUACAGCCAGCCCAGAUUCAGCCAGGGCUCCUGCAAAACACUGAAGACUGAUGGGCUGGUGCGUGUGAAUGGAGAGAGCACUCAAGGGGAGAGGAGAGAGAGUGCAGUUGGAGCGUCUCUAAAGCAUCCUGUCUCCUUCUCUUCCUCACCUCCAAAGCCAGCCACUCAGACUCAACACAAUGAGGAGCUAACUGUGUUAGAAACCUCACACCACCAGCAAAGCUUGCAGACUUCCUUUCAGGAGAAAGAGGUCGUAAAGAAAGUAAAAGAAUGUUCUCUAAGCAUUCAGGAAGAGCAUAGCAAAGAAGAGACCUCAGCUACACUACAGUUAGAACCAGCAGGUAAACAGUCAAUGCCUGAACCGAUGGUGAAGCGCCACUGUCUUGUCACAACAACUAUUAUGACGGAACUCACUCAGACAUACCCCAUCCAACCAAAUGACACGUCUAGCACAGACCAGCUUUGUGGCUCAGUCCAGAAGUUAUGUGAUCUGAGCACAUCUAACGAGUCCAGCAAGGCUGACCAGACUUCAUACUCACUCUCACUGACAGAUGGGAUUGACUACUCCAUUGAAUGUAUUGAAACCCCAAUGUUGAACCUUGCGAAAAGGGUUGACCACUGGACGUGGGAUCCUAAUGAAGAACGCAGGCGGCAGGAGAGAUGGCAACAAGAGCAGGAACGCCUGCUGCAGGAGAAAUAUCAGAGAGAGCAGGAGAAGUUGAAGGAGGAAUGGGAGAGAGCGCAGAGAGAAGUGGAAGAGGAGGAGAGAAGACACCUUGAAGAGGAGAGGCGAAUUCUGGAGGAAACCGUGACCCCACUGACCCCUUGCUCCUCAGUUUUGUCAUCCAGAAGAAUUACAGAGCCCCCCUCCCUCAGACAGCCUCCACAUGACACCAUUGUCCUCUCACUGGCCGAUUGGGAAAGGAAGCAGGAAAUACUGGAGAGACAGGCAGAGACGAACCAGAGCAACGGACUGACCAACAGCACUGAUGAAGUAAUCACACCUGCUCAGCAAAACGGUCAGAGAACUGAACCUCAGGAGAGCCAAACAGCUACACCACAACUGAAGUUUACUCAGGAUGGCUCAUGGAACUGUAAGUCUAAAAGCAGACAAGAGGAUUUGAAGAAAACUGCCUCACUGGACCGUAAACAGAGUCCACCCCAGAGCCAGACCGCAGGAAUGAGGAGGACUGAGUCGUGUGAAAAUGUAUUAGGAACACAAUCAUCAAAAUCACCUUCACCAUCACAAGACAUGCCGCCUCCAUCCCCCAGCAGGUCAGUAAGUGGAAAGAAGCUCUGCUCUAGUUGUGCGCAUCCAUUGGGCAAAGGAGCAGCUAUGAUCAUUGAAACCUUGGGGCUGUACUUUCAUAUUCAGUGUUUUAAGUGUGGCAUGUGUAAAGGGUUACUUGGCGACAUAAGUGCAGGAACUGACGUCAGAAUUCGAAACGGACUCCUUAAUUGUCAAGAAUGCUACAUAAAAUCACAGGCUGCUGGCCAGCCAACAACAUUGUGAUGCCUCUGCACUCCUGACGAGCAACUGUAUCCAAAAUCAAGUUGAACCAAGCCAGGACCAUACCCAAAAAGAAAUAAUUUUAUGUUUAUAUGUUUCCAACAUUGUUCCUGAAAGCACAAUCAUACAUAGUCUACUAAAUUCAUGAGUACAACCGGUCUUCUUCUGGACUACGUUAGACUGUAAAGCAAAGACUGUUCUUGUGCUUGUUGAAGUAGGGUUUUAUCACGUACAGUUUGAGUCCAUAAAAUUUUAAAGCGAGUUCAUACUCUAAUACUAGUAGCUUGUUCAUACUAUUUGUUUUAAACUUUAUAAUGAGAAGCAAUAGUAGCGACACUUUACCUCACAGUGUCCAUGUUACACACAUGACAUAUUUCAGAUAUUUUGAUAGCAAUAACAAGUGUAAAUAAAAGCUCUUCCACAAAGAAAAUACAAAUUGACCACAAGUUGGUCAUGAGUAUUUCCAGAGACAGGAGGAAAUAGGGUACUAGAGAAAUGAAUGGGAGGAAUCGCUUGGCUCAAGAUGGCUGCUAUAGAGCCAAUUGCAUUUUUGAUCGAGUCUGUUAACUCAAAAAAAAAAAAAAAACACAUGCACAAUAACUAGACUGAAACUCAAAAUACAGUAUUUAAGUGGUUUUUGAGGUUAAGAAGUACAAUUUAUUAUACUACUUUUUCAAUUUGCUAACAGUAUGUUAUUGAAAGAUAAUCUUGACAAACAUAUUUCAGUUUUUCUCCAUUCAAAUAGAUAUAAGCUUUUUAUAGCCAUUGACAGAAAAUAGCUGCCCAGGGUGUUUGGGGGUGGGGG